UCAGCAUUAAACCUGAACUACUGUUUGGUACACAGUUAAAAAUAGUUAGUCCAAGUUGUCGUACAAACGCCAGUAUUGUGAGGCUCAAUGAUCUUUCUAAAAGUGUUUUGCAAUAGUUUUUGCCUGUUAAUAAGAAAAUUAAUUAAAUUCUUCAUAUUUUUUAAAAAUACAAAAUUUUGCAAAAUAUGUCAUUUUAAUGGCGAAAGUUAUUCACUCAGAAAAAAAUCGUUUCACUCAAUUAAUAAUGAACCAAUUAUUGGAAUUUUGAGUCAAGAAAUUUCCUACAGUUUGAAUAAUCAAUAUCCCAAUCAAUAUAAUAGUUAUAUUGCUGCUUCGUAUGUUAAAUUUAUUGAAGGAGCUGGCGCUAGAUGUGUUCCAAUAUGGAUUGGCAAAGAUGAUUCUUAUUAUGAGAAUAUAACGAGCAAAAUUAACGGAGUACUUUUUCCAGGAGGAUCAACGUGGUUUAAUCAAAAGAAUGGUUAUGCGGAUGCUGGUGAAAAAAUUUACAAAAUUGCCAAAAGAUACAAUGACAAUGGAGAUUAUUUCCCUAUCUUGGGAACAUGUCUGGGAUUUGAACUGUUAACUUAUCUUGCUGCCAAUCGUGUGGAACACAGAUCGAAUUGUUCCUCUAAUGCUCAAGCUCUUCCCCUUCACUUCAGUUCAGGUUACGAAAAAAGUCAAAUGUUCAAGAAUGCCCCAAAGAAGGUGGUUCAUAUUCUUCAUUCAGAAAAUGUGACAGCUAAUUUCCAUCGUUUUUGUGUAACAAAAUCCGAUUUGGAAAAAGUUCAUUUAACCGAUGUAUUUAAUGUUAUGUCCUUAAAUUACGAUAAAAAUGGUUUUGAAUUCAUAUCAACAAUUGAGGAUAAAAAAUAUCCAUUUUAUGGAAUUCAGUUUCAUCCAGAAAAAAAUGUAUACGAAUGGGUUGAGGGCAAAAAUAUUCCACAUGGAAAAAAUCCAACAAUUGUAAAUCAGUAUUUUGCCAAUUUUUUCGUUGAUGAAGCACGAAAAAAUUUGCACAAAUUUAAUGAUAAAAAUGAUGAGAUUAAUAGUUUGAUUUAUAACUAUCCUGUAACGUAUACAAAAUCAUCAUUCGUCCAAUGCUACUUAUUUAAUACUAAUUAAGGAAAUUAAUAUUUAUAUACUUUUUAUUUUAUCAAUAUUUUCUAUUUUCUUUUUUAAUUUUAUAUAGAAGUGAUAAUCUUUCGCUUUCAAGAUAUUUUUCUAUCACAAAUUUAGGAGAAAGUGAGAAAACAUUAAAAAAUCAUUAAAAAUCAUUAAUAAUUAUUAAAAUUAUUUAAUAUAGGUAUAAUAAUAUUUAAAAAAAUGAUUAGAUUUAAAAUUUUAUUAUAAAGACGAAUAUUUUGGAAUGUAUUUCCUUUUUGUAUUUACAAUUAAAAUAAUUGAUGUACUUAAA